UAACAGUUUAUCUUUAAUCUCUUUAAAAAAAAGAAAAAAGAAGCAAAAUAUUUAUUUUUAAGUAGGACCUAUAUUUUAUAAUUAUACAUUUAUUGUUAGUGUCUAAUAAAUGAAUAGCUCAACAUUCUAUUUUUAGAAUCGGAAACAGUUUUCAAUGUCAUGUAGGAGAAUUCUUUUGCGUUAUAAACAACGUCACGGGUUGUUGACCGACUUCCCUACCUUGGACGCAUGGACGCGUGUUAGAUGUUGAUGACGGAGUGUCUGUAGUUUCGAUAGGCAACACUGUUUAGUAAUAUUACGACACCUCUCGAGGACUUUGAACUCUGAUGCAGUCAAAGUCUAUCGAGUUCAAAGUUGCUCGCUCACUCAGAUCGUCGAUCUACCAGUUGACAGAAAACACCAUGUUGCUGAAGGUUGCAGCGUUUCUCGGUUUCGGCAUAUUUUUGUCUUAUCUCGGCUAUGGGUGUCUUAUGACAACCGGCAUAGUUUUUCUGGCUUAUUUGGUCACAGGAGGCUACAAGUUCACAUGGAUAGCCAUCAAAACAUUUAAACGUGAUUUGAAGGGACUUACCAUCCUGUUCAAGUUGUCCAUGCUUGUGAAGUUGUAUACACGAGGGAAUAUGACAGUUCCCAAGAUUUUUGCUGAAAAUGUCCUCAAUUAUCCACGUAAACCUUGCUUCAUAUUUGAAGACAAGACCUGGACAUUCACAGAUGUUGAUCAGUAUUCAAAUGCUAUUGCAAAUUAUUUUCUUGAGCGUGGCUACAAGAAGGAUGACACAGUAGCUCUGUUUAUGGAAAAUAGACCCGAGUUUGUAUGUUUCUGGCUUGGAUUUGCCAAAAUUGGCAUCAGGGCAGCUUUGAUCAAUUUUAAUUUGCGUGAUAAGGCAUUGGCACACUGCCUCAGAGUGUCUGGGGCCAAAGUAACAGUGUUUGGAGGAGAAUUGUCACAAGCUGUAAAAGAUGUAUUGCCACUGUUGGGGAGUGAUAUGUCUUUGUUCUGUUUUGGAACCAUGGCAACCAAUGAUCUGUCACCUGUGUAUCUGGACGCGGCACUUCAACAAGCACCAAGGUAUCCACCACCUGAGGCUGACAGCAAGUUCAGGGACAAGUUGUUUUAUAUUUACACAUCUGGAACUACCGGACUCCCAAAGGCUGCUGUGGUGUCACAUACUAGAUUUUUCUACAUGACGUUUGGAUCUAGAUAUGCCUACAAUAUUGAGCGUGACGAUGUGAUCUACAACAUGUUACCUCUCUACCACACAGCAGGUGGCAUUCUGGGUGUAGGACAGGCGCUACUCGGAGCCACCACUGUGGUGAUACGACGCAAGUUCUCGGCCAGUCAGUUUUGGACCGACUGUGUCAAAUAUGAAUGCACAGUAGCGCAAUAUAUAGGAGAAAUUGCCAGGUAUUUGUUGUCACAGCCAUUCCGACCAGAAGAAAACAAACAUAAAGUUCGGCUCAUGUUUGGAAAUGGUCUUCGCCCACAGAUCUGGGAAAGUUUUCAGAAGCGAUUUGGUAUACAACAUAUUGGGGAAUUUUAUGGUGCAACAGAAGGCAACUGUAAUAUUGUAAAUUUUAAUAACAAGAUUGGAGCUGUGGGUUUCACAACCAGGAUCCUCCCAUUCUUGUAUCCAGUGACACUGAUUCGAAUCGAUGAGGAAACCGGAAAAUACAUGCGUGAUCGCAAUGGAAUGUGUAUCCAUGCAGAACCAGGACAACCGGGAGAAUUGGUUGGCAAAAUUGUCAAGGGGAAUCCACUACGUGAAUUUGAUGGCUAUGCUGACAAACAAGCAACCAGUUCGAAAAUUGUUGAAAAUGUCUUCAGGAAAGGCGACAGUGCCUUUUUGACAGGUGAUGUGCUGGUGAUGGAUGAAGAAGGCUACAUGUAUUUUCGGGACCGCACUGGGGACACGUUCCGCUGGCGUGGUGAGAACGUUUCUACAUCCGAGGUGGAGGCCAUUGUCAGCAACAGCAUUACCUACCAGGACGCCGUCGUGUAUGGGGUGGAAGUUCCAGGCUGUGAGGGUCGCGCGGGAAUGGCCACCAUUGUUGAUGUGAAAGGAACUGUUGACCUGCAGCAGUUGAACACGAGUUUCAAGCGAGCGCUUCCCGUCUAUGCCAGACCUGUGUUUGUUCGACUCGCCCAGGAGGUUAACACUACAGGAACUUUCAAGCUGGUAAAAACAGAUUUACGCGAAGAAGGAUUCAACCCCAAUGCCACCAAGGACAGAAUAUUUUACAUGAACCAUAAGUCGGGAGAAUAUGAACCUGUCACUCCGGAAGUGUUUUCUGGUAUAAACUCUGGUAAAAUCAGGCUAUGAGUGGUGGCCUUAAAAGUGGUAUGCAUUUGUGAAUGGUUGUGUUAUAUUCUGUGGUGUACUAUGUGUGUGGUGUGCUGUGAUGGUACCUCAAUACAGGAGACGUGCCACAUUGUGGACAUCUUUAAACAUGUUUUCCAUCCAUAUCUGUAGAUACAAACCAUGCAACCUGCUAUAAAGGACAUCAUUUCAUCAUUUAUGUAUCACAACCUAUACACAUGUCGGUUACCAACCUGUACAUGAGAUAUAACAUAAUAUGCUUAUUUUGAUGCCUGUGACCAGUUCGUAAAAUUUACCUGCACAUCGGCAAUUGCUUAUAAAACUCUUCUUUGUUUUAAGUCCAGACUCGAGAUGUUGGUAAAAUGUUUGUAUGCUCAAAACUUCAUUUAAUCAUCUAGAAUCGAUCCCUUUGGGCUAUUUCUCUUUCCAGCCAGUUCUCCACAACCUGUGUAGCCUAACACAGGCCGUUCUAUGUACUAUCCUGUCUGUGGGAUGCUGCAUAUAAAAGAUCCCUUGCUGCCAAUCUGAAAGAGUAACCCAUUGUGUUGUGGCAUCAGGUUUCAUCUUUCAUUAUCUGCAUGGUCCUUAACCAUAUGACUGAUGCCAUAUAACCAUAAUUAAAAUAUGUUGGAGUGUCGUUAAAUAACAUAUUCCUUCGUUCAUUUAAUCGUUGAGUCUAGACUUUAAAGUUUAAUAAGUGCUCCUAGAGCCAGGUUUUGUUGAUGGCCUUUAUAGUCCGGUUUUAUUGUUGCUGGGUUUUUUGUGAUAUUUUGCUAGAAUUUUCUAAAAGGCAGCCAUAUUAUUUUUUCGCUCAAUGUUCCAAACAUUAUGAUGUUGCAAUAAUACAAUUGUAUUGGUGACAUUGUAAAUCAGGAUAACUUUGUGAUGACUAUCACUGGUGUCGAGCAUAUUCUAACAAAAAUGUACCAUUACCCGGUAUUUUCAAAUCUUUUUGUAAGAAAUAUUUUCUUAAAUAAAAUGUUAUUGUUCAUAUCCAUCUUUUUAAUGUUUUAUAGAAAUAAUUCUCUUGAAAUUCUUUUUGUUUUCUUACUUUAAAAAAUGUUGCGUUUUUUGUUUUGGGAUUUUCUUUCAGUGCAUUUAUUUAUGUGACAUUGAAAAUAUGACAAGAGAGAUACUAUGCUAACUAGUGACAUUUGUUUUUUAUUGUUCUUAUGUGACAAUAGAUAAUAAUCUAACUACCAGUCAUGCACUUUUCGACAGAAUACUAGUAUUUCCAACAAAUAAAUUAAAAUUGGUGGAAUUGACAUAACAGAAACAGAAACAUUCAAAGGAAAUUACUAGGUUAUUUGAGUAAAAUUAUUCGUAAGCUUGAAAGACAAAUUUAGUUGUAUUUAGAAUAAGUAAUUUGCCUAAUUUAUUACAGUUGUAUCGUAUGCAAUAGAUAAUAAUAAUAAUUCAUGUUGAAGUGUUUUUAAUCUAUUUUUCUCUUUGACGUUUAGAGCUAGCUCUUUGCUCUUGUAAAAUAUGUUAUCUCAUUGGUAACUGUUUUAUCCUGCUUUAGGAGAGGUUUUAAUAAAAGCCUAACCUGUUGACUUAUCUAAUACAUGUUCUAAAUAAAGUUGGUAAAUAAAACUGUUCCAAAAAGUUUUGUCUGCCAGCGGUAACAUUAUGUUUAAUGUAGGUAGCCAUGAAAUUAUUCAUUCAGUUAUUAGUUCCUCGUCAUAUAAAUGUUUUUAUAUUUAUGAAAAAUACAUGCAAUGUACUAUUUACUGUACUGGGUGAAGUAUUGACCCUUUCAGUCUUGUGGACCAGUUUGGACUCGUCAGCUGUAUCAAAAUGGAUAGGACUCUAAAGUAAUAUAGGUCUAAAAGGGUUAACAUCCUAAUUGCUUUGUGGUGACCUGUUGGCAACAUCAGAAGUUAGCAAGAUCAAUUGAUUCACUUUAAAAAUGAAAUAACAACAUUUUGUAAAGUCUAACCAAAUUCAUUCAUAUGUCAAUAUAUCACAGCCAGACCUUGCUGUUUUAGGGGAGAUAUCCAGGCACAGCAGAAGCAAGUAAACAUUGGGGGGGGGGGGGGUGCUGACUGUGAUCGAAGGCACAAAGCAAAAUUUCUUGGGGGUUCGGGGGUAUGUUCCCCCAUAAAAGUUUGAAAACUAGAUAACCUUAGAUGCAAUUGCCUGCAUUCUACAAGUAAAAUUAAUCUUUGCCUUAAGAUUUACUACCAAUAAUAUUUUUUAUUCAGAAUUAUUGGAGGGGCUAGAGACCCCCCAAACCCCCCACCCCACCCUGCUCCACCAGGCCUGGAUAUCACUCUCACUCCCCAUCACUCUCCUUAGUUCAAGGAGAGUUAUCUUAAAUGGCUCCCCAUAUCUUAAAUGGCUCCUCGUAUCUUAAAUGGCUCCCCAUAUCUUAAAUGGCUCCUCAUAUCUUAAAUGGCUCCCCAUAUCUUAAAUGGCUCCCCAUUCAAGUUAAGGGAGCAAUUAAUCACAAUUGUUUUCAUAGCAAGGUCUGGACAAUCAUCCUUUAAAGUUUUAUUAUACCAUGUUGGUAAUUUCAUAGGUUUUCAUUAAUUAUUAUAUUCUUAAUAUUGAGUUUGUUUACAAAUGGAAAAAGAAUUAUUGCUGGGGAAAAGCAAAAUCUAGGUGAGUCACACUGGUUAUAAGAGCCAGUUUUGUUUUCUGGAUUGCUCAUGGAUAUGAUCUUAGUAAUUAUUUUACGAAUGUUUAACUCUGAGGUCAUGUUUCCAAGCUGCUUUACUCUGUAAGAUGUCCAGAAUAAAAAUCAUUCUUUAAUUAGACAAUUGCAUCAUAAUUAUAUUUUGAUACUUUACUGUGAUAGGAUUUUUCCUCACUUUCUCUCUCUCUCAAAUAGCCACAUUUAAAAAUAGGAAAUUGUAUAUAUUGGAUCAUUUAAUGUGAUAGGGCAAUAUGCACAGUGUGAGAUUGAAAAACAAAAUUAAUAUCAUCACAUGUUCUAUAAGUAGAAAAUUGUAUAUACUGGAUCCUUUAUUAUGAUAGGAUUAUAUUUAAGAUACCAUAUUAUGAACAAAGAGUGUUACCUGUUGUUUAUUGCAAGUAGUAAAUUAUGUAGCAGCUAAAAGGGCAUAGUACAAUUUUUUUCAUUCAUCUAAUAGGGCAAAUCUCCAAGUUAUCUGACUUGGGUGUCGGCAUAACAAGUAUUUAACUUAUGUACGGUCCUUAGUGGCAUAUAUGUUAACCAAUCUUAUUUAUUUUCAUGCUUAUAUUCAUUUACGGUUCAAGCAUACAGUCCUGGGCACACCACACACUUCAGCUAUCUGAGCAGUCUGUCCAGGACAGUGAAUUAGUGGUUAGUUGUUAAUCUCUUAGUGGGUAGCAAAAGAGAAGCCGGUAUAGUAGCCUUGCACAUACCCACUGAGUCGUUAAACUCGCUCUGGGUGGGCGCCGGUACUAGGAUGUGAACCUAGUACCUACCACACCCAAGUCCAGUGGUUUAACCGCUACACUACCAAGACCAGUGGUUGGUUUAGAUAUGGGUCAUGAGAAUAGUAGUUACUGGUUUGACAUCCCAGCACCGUUUCCCACCGUCGUGUGAUUUAAUGGAUCACUGACAAAGUGAAAAGUCACUACACCAACUUGUAUCUUACUUUUCAUUUAAUAAACUAACCAUUAAUUCUGGUCCUAGACGGAGAACCCAGAUCGCUGAGAUAUGUGCUUAGGACAGCGUUCUUCAAUCUUAAGUGGAUAUACACACACAAAUCAAAUUAAAAUAACUUUACUGCUUUGUGUUAGAACUACUUUUAUGUCUUGAUAAACAUUGAUGUUUGUACAUACACAUAUUAAUUAAUCAGAAUAGAUUAUCGUUUAUAGAUUUGUAAGAUUAUUGGGAAUUUUUUGUUAUGAAUAUAAAAUAUAUUAUGCUUGCAGGUUACAAUUUUAAAAAUAUAUAUUGCUGCAAAUGUAGAAGAAGCUUGGAGGUGUUUGUGAUUACUGAAUGUUCUACUUUUACUUACUACUUCCAUCACAUUGUUUAUUAUUAUGAUUAGAGAUUAUGAUUUUUCUGUUAAAUAGUUAAAAUUUUAUUCAGUCAUAUAUUAGACUUUGUUAAGAUAAAGUAUUUUUGUUAAUUGGAGACUGGUUUCAUGUAUUCAGUUCUUAAAAUAUUAAUUGAGAAUCGUUCUCGGAUGUGUUUUGUCUGUUAGAGUUGGUAAUUGUUUAAGGUACAAAACUCUUCAGAAGAACAGAAAUGCUAGGGCUAGCUCUUUCAGUCAUCAAAAGUGCCACAGUGAAAUUGUUUUUAAUUUGAUAAAAUAAUUUCAUGUAAUUAUUGAUUUUUUGUUGGAAAAUAACUACGGGUUUCUGCAGUUAAAACUUUAAUGGAAAAUUUUGUGGAAUUUUUGGCUGACCCAGAGCUAGCCGAGAAAUACAUAGUAUUGUGAACCAGUUUUCUUUCUAUAAGUAGAAUUUGUUUUAAUUGGACACAAAAUAAAAAGAUGCCAUUUGAAUUGGAGUUUAGGCUGUCAUUCAUCAAAUCUGAAUUUAAGUUAAUUUGAAAAAUAUUUUUUAUAAUACAUUGUACAUUCAAAUAGAGACUUAAUAUGAGAGUCAACUUGUUUAAUUAAUCUGUAUUUUGUUACAUUUUGUUUGGAUAAAAGAAUAAAAAUGGAUCUGGCUACGCAUGGUAAAACGGUAUUCACUAAAUUCCUACAAUAUUAUGUUGAACAGUUUAGCAUUGAUCGACUUCUCAGUCCGAAUACUGAAUAAUUCUUAUCUACCCUUGUGUUUUCGACGCCAUAUAACCGUAAAUAAAAUGUUUUGAGUGUGUCAUUAAAUAAAUCAUUUCCUUCCUUCUAUCUGUUAUCCUGGACUCUGUGGAGAUGGGAUGUAGCUCAGUAUUAUAUACAGAGUCAGAGGGUCAAACAAAGGAUUCUCUUAGUAUGUAUCCCACAUGGUAUUUAAGAUGUACAUCAACUCUUUGAUCCUUAGAAACCUUCCAUCUGAGGACCUCAACAUAUGGGGCUGACGAAACUUAGGGUUGAAAGGGUUAAUGUCAUCAACAUGAUUAUUUAUGUUGUUCGUGUUAUACAUAGUAAAUCAUAAUAUUAUAGCUAUAGUCCGUCCCAUCGUUCUGUAAACAUGUUUUUUGUAAAUAAUUUCAGUUUUAUUUGACGUAAUAAGAAAAGCAAAAGUGUUUUGGAAAUAACAAAAAUAGACUAUUUUUGUGUGUGUAACGUACAAAUCAAUCGGCUCAGAAAUAAAUAACUUGUAGUAAAUUCCAUAGUAUGAAAAAAGGCAUUCCCUGUGGGACGGACUAUAGUACAUUAAUUAACAGUUAAUUUGUGUGCCAUGUUGUUUACCCAGGAUUGCCAAAUUACAAUUAUAUUAGUUAUUAAAUGUCUUAUUUUUAUAUAGCCUCUAUCUCUUUUUCUUUCUUUGAUUGCAUUUCUGUACAUUCUCCACAAUACUUGAAUCACCUACAUUGAUAUUAUUACAAAAUUCUAAUUAAGGCAGCUUUUACUGAACAAGCUUUAUUAAUAAUUAAUAUUAUUAAAUAUAAAAAAUAAAUAGUGUAAAAAGCUUCACUUUUUUUGUAUAAUAUUUUGUUAAUUUUUAUAUGAAGGCUUUAGUGAUUUACUUUACUGAAUAUCAUAGACUUCAACUUGUUAGUCCCCUAUCUGUCCAACUGGAGAGAAUUAUAAGUUUCAUCUCUGUCCACCCAUCUGUCUGUGUGUCUGUCCGUUCAUCUGUCCCACAUGUUUUUUCACAAGCCUUCAGAUAUUCAGCUGGAAUUUUGUGUAUACAUGUAGCUUUAUCAUGUUACAGAUCAAGUUUGAGUUAUGGCCCUUGAACCUAGGAGAUGCAAAAAUAAAAAGCCAGGAAAACAAAUUUUUGUAAUGCUGAAGACAUUGAGAUGAAAUUUUGUAAAUAUAGCUGUAUCAUGUGCUGUUACACAUCAGGUUUAACUUUCAUAAUGAUUUACCUAUUUUUCACAGUUAUGGCCCUUGAAUUUAGGAGAUAUGAAAAUUUGUUGGGCCCGGUAGGGGACAUGUAUUAAUUUAGCAGUACUUUCAGAAUGCUUGUUUAAAAUCAAUUUGUUCUGGUUCUUCCAUUGUUAUUUUGAAAACUAACUGAAUA